CCGAGCCUAUGCACCACUCCGAUAAAAAGUUGGCGGAGUACGUAUGAGAAUCUAAUGUCUUGACAGCUGUAGCCUCUAAGAAUGUCGGAGCCAUCUCGAAAAAAGAAAGAAAGAAAGAAAAAACGAGUAAUUCACGUCAUACAAAUCUAAAGAUAUGCGACUAAUAAGGCUCAAGUUCAGCAUAUCUUCUCAACAUCCCGAGGUUGAGCGAAACAAUGAAGACCAAGCCCCAUCGCCAUUCAAAAGAUGAUCAAAUGGGCCGAUUUGUCAUGUCACGGCCCUAGAUGUAGUACGAAGCCACUUGGUUUAUUAUCGGCGGACCUGAAUUAGACAAACAAAUGCCGCUAUCCUUGACGAUUGCCGACCAAGCGGACGCGGCCCGAAUCGCCGAGAUCCACAUGGCCACUUUCGGCUCCAAUGCGAUGUUCCUAGCCCAGUUCCCCACACCGGCCGUUCGGAAUGAUGUGAAGCACAGCAUUGAAUUAAAAGCGCUUGCUGAUAUAGAAGAUCCGAAAACAACGGUUCUUGUUGUACGCGAUUCGAGCUUGGAACCUCAAAAUAGCAGCGCCAUAUCGUUUGCGAAGUGGGCACACCCCGUACGGUCUGACGAAGGCUACGUCGAGCCUCCGUGGGUCUGGCCGGUAGAAACAGACCUCGACAUCCUCAACGACUGGGCAAAAAAGACUGAGGAGACCCAAUUACGCAUCUUAGGAAAUACACCGUGUUAUCGACUUACGUUCAUGGGGACGGAUCCAGCAUAUCAGAGACGUGGUGCAGCAUCUAUGAUGGUUCGAUGGGGUAUCGAGCGGUCAAGAAUAGACCAGGCGCCCGCGUAUCUAGAGAGUACCCUCGAGGCGGCUCCGUUCUAUACAAAACUCGGAUUCACCGCCGCAGCGAAGAUUUCGUUAGAAUACACGAUACACGGCUCCGAUACGCCAGGUACCUAUGAGGAGGUUAGCUUUAUAUACGAACCAUCGAAAUAAUACCAAAUUUCCCUCGAUAUGGGUUCUUCUAUCUACCUAGUGUUAAAAAAGUACGGCUCAUGUAUUUCAACUUUGAUAUGAUUUCACCCAAGUGAAGUAGACGAGGAUGUCGACGUUGAAG